UCGAAGUAGAUACAUGUCACAGUUUGCUAGAUUAUAUUAUGUGUUAUAUCUUCAACAGAUGUUAUUGUAAAUUAGUCAUCUCUGUACCAAUUUCUCUUAUGUUGUUUCAUCAUAAGUUCAUCUCCAGUAAUACAAUACGAGAUCAAGAAAUAAUCACUCUAAGCUUUUACGUCAAUUGUUUUCGUUAGUAGAGAUGGUCAUUUCUGUAAACUAGUUUCAGUAACAAUUAACAGCAUCACAGUACUCACCAUGGAUGAUGACGGUUUCUAUCUUUGGUAUAAUAUUUAGGACAAAGCCCUUUGUCUUUCAUGUAAGUUUACUCUUCUACAUUUAUAGAGUUGUUGUCGAGUAACACAGAUGAGGAAUAAAUAAUGUUAACUAUUUGCUCAUAGCAAAGUAACAAUUCCUCACUAAACUAAGACCUUUGGUAGAUUAUAUUAAUACAAAAAACCUGCAAUGUCAAGAUGUUAUGUUGAUCGCACGUAGAUACAUUAUAUAAUGAUCGUGCAUCGCAAUAGUUAAUGUUUCUAUUUUGAUUCUAUUGUGAUAUAAAAUCUUAGUCAAGAACAACAAUUCGUAUACCUCACAGGUUGGAACGUUGUUUUGAAUGGAUUAUCCAGGAAUUACAAAUAAAAGACGACCUUAUCACUAGCAGAAAGCUAAAUAUUGGUUAACUUGUAAAUCACGCCGAUUGUCAGAGAAGCAGACAGACAAAGGUCAGUUUUGAAAGGAGUGACAAAAUAGCGUAAAUAUUGUCUGGAUACAACAUUCUACGCAGUCAGGAAAUGCACACAUAUGUAUAUAUUUGCAGCAGUGUUUAGUUUGUUUGUUCAUUUGUUUUCUUGUCUUAAUCUCGACCGUUGCAUUCAGUAAUUUAUUAAUGAAAAUAAAAUACUGAUUAAUCCUAAAUGGGUGCAGAAUCUACUGACAUAUAUUUCUUAAAGUAGCUUUAGAACAAGCUAUAUCUGCUCACAUAGACUAUGAGAAACUUUAUAUCAGUAAGACGAGCUGGUUGAGUGUUAGGUUGAAGUUUUGAUUUAGCAGAUUUCUUACCAUUUUAUAUACUAGGGUUAAUAGAUAACUUCAGAACAUGAAACAAAUACCUAUAGCACCAAUGAGAAAUAGCCGUGAAACAGGCAAAAUCAUGAAGCACACGACCUGUUCUAAACAGGAUUUGCAGUUAGACGAUAACCUGGAUGAAAUAGCCGUGAUCAGUAACGCUGCACCGGAAAACGUCAAGUAUGGUAGCGGAGCUCUGACAACCAACGGACCACGUGUAGUUCCGGGAAUUAUAACGUCUGCUGGAAAAGAGUGUUGUCGUCUCGCCAGCGACAGACGUAACGAUAGCAGCUCGCGCAUUCCACUGUCUUCGCCUUUGUACUCUACAAAAUCAUUUGAAACUUUAAAAUCAAAAUCGGCUUCAAAACAAAGUUUGCUGGAAGCCGUGAGCAGAAGAUUUCAUGGAGGAGAUCAAAAACGGCGGUCAAGGGAAUCAAUGGCCUUCAUUAAUAAAGCUCAUAUCGGAUCAGAUCUGGAGAUCUCUCGAAGAAUUAGAGAGCAGCGACAGAAAGAAAUCAAGCGGGAUUUUGAAAAAUGGGAGACGUCCAGUUCAAGUAACAACAAAGUUGGCUGUAACUGGAAGUUUGUUUUUGAUCCGUCAGGUAAGCUGUCCUAUUACUGGUCUAUGGUUGUUAGCAUUGCUUUUCUUUAUAACUUCUGGGUAGUGAUCUACCGGUUUGCCUUUUAUGAAAUAAAUGCGAACACCAUUGUGGCCUGGUUAACUCUAGAUUAUUUUGCAGACAUUCUGUACGUUUUAGAUAUUGCAUUUCAUUUCCGUACUGGAUAUCUGGAGGAAGGAGUGCUACAGACGGACUCGGACAAGCUUCGACAGCAUUAUAUGAAUUCAACUCUAUUUUAUAUUGAUUGUUUAUGUCUCUUGCCAAUUGAUUUUCUAUAUCUUUCCAUCGGAUUUAACUCAAUUUUACGCUGUCUACGACUGGUAAAAAUUUAUAAAUUUUGGGCAUUUUUAGACCGAACCGAACGACACACAAACUAUCCGAACAUCUUUCGUACGGUGUCCCUGGCACAUUAUCUCCUGGUAAUAUUUCACUGGAACGCUUGCUUGUUUCACAUUAUCGCAAAAAAUGGAGGAUUCGGUUCCCGCAACUGGUUCAACCCCCGUGGCGAAAACUGUUACGAUGUAGUGUGUGAAUAUCUUCAUUCUUUUUACUGGAGUACCUUAGCCCUUACUACCAUUGGGGAUUUGCCAAGACCCAGAACUAAGGGAGAAUACCUAUUCCUGGUCAUUGAAUUAGUCUUCGGUUUGUUUCUUUUUGCUGCUGUGUUGGGCCAUGUGUCUAACAUUGUUACAAAUGUGAGUGCAGCAAGGAAGGAGUUUCAAGCAAGACUCGAUGUUGUGAAAACCUACAUGCGCAUGCGCAGAGUGCCAUACCACAUCCAGAAUAAAGUAAUUAAAUGGUUUGAUUACCUGUGGGUGUCUCAGGAGUCUUCAGAUGAUGAUCGCUCGGUAGGGUUUCUUCCAGACAAGCUGAAAGCAGAAAUAGCCAUUCAUGUACAUCUAGACACCUUGAAACGUGUUGAAAUUUUUCAGAAUACGGAAGCCGGGUUUCUGUGUGAGUUGGUGUUGAGACUACGUCCUGUUCUCUUCAGUCCCGGAGACUACAUCUGUCGUAAAGGAGAAGUCGGCAAGGAGAUGUACAUAGUGAACAGAGGCCGGCUAGAAGUAGUAACAGACAGUGGAAAGACUGUGUUAGCCACUUUGAAAGCUGGAAGUUAUUUUGGUGAAAUCAGCAUUUUAAACAUGGGUACGGCGGGAAACAGAAGAACAGCCUCGGUACGUUCAGUUGGCUACUCUGAUCUCUUUCGCUUAAACAAACAAGACAUGUGGGAUGUACUAAAGGAUUACCCCGCAGCUCGUGUUCGGUUAGAAGCUAUUGCCGUGAAGAGACUGCAGAAGCAUCGGAAAGAUCCAUUCAAAGCAAUUGUCAUGGGUCGAAGUCGUAGUACCCCAGGUCUCGUGGAAUCUCGCGGAAAGGUUCCUCUGGAAGAUAUGUCUCUGCAUCCACGGGAACCAUCCACCACUGCCUCAGCAGAUACACUUUUAACAGACGACGAAUGUCGGCCGGAUAUUGGGACAGCGGUUAGUGCAAUCAGUAACCGGAGAACGAGUGCUGAUGAUAUCCAGCGAAAAGGAAUCCCUGUAUACGAACAGCUCAGGACAGCUCAAGCUGGUUCAUCAAGAAGUGUUAGGUCUUAUUUGACAGAGUCUUCCCUUGACCGACAGCUUGCGGCUGAAGCAACUUCACAGUUUCAUACAUGUCCGUCAUCGUACUUUGUACAUUCCUCUAGCCUUAACAAGUUUGAUUUCUCUUCUCCUCAUGACUAUGUAGCCAUGAGCUCCGGCGGCGUUGAUCACUUGCUCUUCAGUAGUCUUUCGCGUCAUUUGCCAGUUCCCACUCCUAUUUCCAUGAGCCGUGUGAGGAAUGUCAGUCCCCACUCUAAUCGAGAGCACCAUCCUGAAGUCUUAAUAGCGGAAAUCAAACGUCUCCGAGAAAGACUGGUCACCUUAGAAACAGAGAACACCAGCAUGGGCAUGAAACUCAGCCACCAACAGUGGGAAGUAGAAAACAGAUUAACGGAUAUUGAACUUCAGGUUCGUGGAACUAGGUGUGAGACCAGUUCCGUGAGCUGUGGGAGUGCUGACGAAAGCGAGCGUAAUCGCGAAUCUGCCAUUUAACUGUCGUUUGUUGUCAUCCUUCCUUGUGGCACAGAAAGACCUUGUGUUUUCUAACCUGUAUAAGCCCAAUUGUAUCAAUAUAAACAAAGUGUAUCAUAUAAGUCCCCUGAUCAUGGAAACUGAUAGUUGUGAAGACCUAUUUGAGUGAUACUUUGUGACGAUUAAAAAAAUGGUAUUUUUAAUUACUUAGCUAUAUUUGACAUUAAUGAAUUACUGGGGCUCAUUAAUAAGAAGAAACCAUGGAGAAGGUUGGACGAACUAUCAUAUCAAAUAUUUCAUUCAUCUCCAGUUAACCCAUUUUUUUCCAAUACGUAUGUACACGUUGGAGUCUUAUUCUUCACAUUUACCUUAACCAGCGAUAUUCCGUGACAGUAAAUUGGAUAAAACGAAAUAUAUACAUCUUGUGGUAGUCCUAUACUCUUCCAUUACUUACGUGCUUUUCAAAUUAAAGAUUUAAAAAAUAUAUAUUCGUAAUUACUUCUCGCUUUUACGCUCCAUCUACCGGUAGCUUUUACGAAAGGGAGAGAUAUUAUCAAAUGUUUGUCCACCAAGCUUACGCUAAAAACGAAAUUUAAAGCAGGUCAUGCAUUUAUUUUCAAUUGUUAGUUCUUUUUAAAUUUCAGAAUUUUUUAAUUCGGUAUUAAUUUUGUAACAUUAUUUUAUACGACCAUAUAGAUAAGUAUUUACAAAUUAUAGCAAAUACUUUUCUUACAAUUGUUUAAAUAGUUAACAUUGUCAAAAAAACAAUUAAAUUUUAUUUGGAAAACCUAAAUAUGUAUAAGUGCGUCUUGGUUAUGAAUAUAAGUAAAACAAGUUAAUUUUAUGUGAUCUAUGAAAAUAAAACAAUUACAUAGUUUACAAAAUUCUUUAAACAAACCAUGAGAAAAUAAAUCUAAUCUCAAAGUUUCCCGUGUAUCACACAAAAACAGCUUAUAUUUUCUUAAUAUUAUAAGAUAAGGCUGCCUUCAGAAACGUAUACUGUUUGGUAUCUCAUUUUCUUUGGUUCCCAAAUAUUUUAAGACACAUACUGAAAGUAGGUAAAAUUAAAGCUUAAUAAUAUUUUGUAUAGUACUAAUUAAAUUGAUAUAUUUGUGUAAAAAAUUAGGCAUUAUUGUAGGUUUUAAAUAAUUUAUUUAUAUUAUUUUAUAUAUUUGUCAAUGAGGAUCUACGACUCUGUCCUGACAAACAAUCUCAAAAGUAACUGUACUACAAAAUUAUUUCAUUUAGUUAUUAGUGGGUUUUAUAAACGGUGUUUUGGAACAAUAUUAUACUGACUUUAGUCCUAACUAGGAAAACGAAAUUGAUGAGAUGCCAUGUUUGUACAAAUUAUUUUCACCAACAUUUUAUGAAAGAAAUCUUUCCAGUUGCUCUAACAGUUUUGGAAUUUCGUAAUGUUUUUGUCAUGUUGUCAUUUCUUAUUACACUUUCAAAUCGAAAUAAGUAAAGGAGCUCAUGUUAAAUCUGACGUUGUGAAGAACAUAAAUAACUAUAAUAUGUAUAUUUGACAUAGUGUUCGAAGAGUUAUUUAUAUGGAUACUUAUAUAGAUAGGGCAAUUUGUUUUAACAAUGUCCCGAUCACUGAAUUAUUGGUAUGGACACUGCUAUAGCCAGAGUAAUUGGUUUUAACAAUGACACUGCUCACUGAGUUACUUGUAUGGAUACUUAUAUAGAUAGGGCAGCUUGUUUUAAAAAUGUCCUGAUCACUAAGUAAUUAACACGGAUCAUAAUAUAGACAGGGCAUUUGAUUUUAACAAUCUCUUACUCAUUCAUUUAUUGAUAUGGACACUAAGGUAAGCAGGGCAGUUGGUUUUAAUAAAAUCACUGCUCCCUGUGUUAUUGGAAUGGAUACUGAUAUAAGCAACACAAUUGGGUUUUAUAAAGUCACUAGAUUAUGUUCAACAUGAAAUGUUUCUCAAUAUGUCAUCAGUACAAUUAUUUACUAUUAAAUAUAAAUAAAUAAAUAAAUACGAAGAUCAAGUGCAUAGUGAUUAUUACACUUCCAAAUAAUAUAAAAAACUAUAGAGAGAAAAAAAAACUUUUAAACACUGUGACAUACCUUACAUUUCCGUGAAAGUUGUUUCGUUUUUCAUUGCAGCAAAAUAUUAAUAUAAAUAUUUUUUUAAAUAUUAUGGCUAAUGCAUUUUCUUUGCUAAAGUUAUGUUAAGAAUUUAAAUAUAUGUUCUUAUUCUAUUAGAAAAUACAAAUAAUUAAAUGACCAAACAGUUUAGUUGCUAACCAUCUCGACAUUUAUUUUUAAUCUGUUCCUCAAAGUACAGAUAUUUAUAAACAAAACAGUUUGUCAGCUAAAAGAAUUAUUAGUUCAACAGAAAAGGUUUGGCAUGGGCUAGUGGUUAGGGACACUAGCAAUUUGCGGGUCGCGAGUUCGAAUCCCAUCAACGAACUUGUUCGCUCUUUCAGUCAUGGGGCGUUAUAAUGUAACAGUCAGUCACAUUAUUCACCUAUAGUAGCCCAAAGGUCGGCAAUUCAUGUGGUUUAAUAGCUGCUUUCUCUCUAGUCUAUCAUUUCUAAAUUAUGUAGGGCUAACACAUAUAGCCUCGUGGAGCUUCUCGCGAAGUUCGACAACAAAUAAGCAAAAAAAAAAAAAUCGAUAUAUAAAAAAAGUGUAUGAAAACAUAUUUAAAGCAGCAUUAAAUACAAUAAUCUCAACAAAUUUUACAUAAGUUGCAUGAAUUUAUAUUGCGGAUUAAUAACUAAAGAUAAAGUUAUAUAUUUUUAAAUAUUUUUAUUUUAAUAUUUAAAACAAUCAGCUUGAACUGAAAAAAUAAUUUGUUUCGAAUCUAAAAGUGUAUAAGCAAUCAUUCCCUAUAUUUGUAGAAAGUUUAAAUUUCAAACUUAAAUUAAGUUUUUAAAGUAUGAACUAAAUUACUGCACUGUCUUUGAGUAGCAAUCAAUAAACGAACUUUAGUUCGAAAUAUACAGAAAAAUGUGCUGAGGUAAUUGUUUUAGAUAUUCGGAUAUUUUGAAUUGAAGUGUAAUUCUUUCGUAUAAUAUGUUUCUCACAUUGCCCCUUCUUUCAUAAAUAAAUUUAAAGUUUACGAUUGCAAGGAUGGCAGAAAACCUUUAUUUUAAAUGUAAUCUAAACCUUCCUUUCAACAUAGUUAUGUUAACAUUCAUAGGGUAUUUUCCAUCUACCCCUUCUCGACUUUAAUGAUGCUUCAUAUCUCAGUAAUGAAGCUAUUGAACACGGAAUAAUUUGCAAUGAUAUUUCAUAAUUAUUUUGAUCACUGAGUAAUUACCAAUUAAUAUUCAACUCAUCAAAUAUACAGUUAUUAUACUUAUAAUCGAGUUGUAAUAUUACCUAUUACAACUAAAAUUAAAGCUUAUAAUUAAAUAUAUUGUGACUUAUAACAUCCUUAUUAGAUAAUAACAUAUAGUCAUAAGUCACAUUUUAAAUGACGCAUAUAAUAGUGUGCGAUUAUAGUAUAUCGUGCAAAAUAACGACAUCAAAUGCCAAAAUCUAUCACGUUUGAGAGCUGCACAAGAAAUCGUUUUGUGAGAAAUGCAAACUACAAUCAUAUAGUUAUAUGUUUAUGUAAAACCUUUGAAGCUAUAAUGUCUUUGGCCAUAAAUGAAAAAUUCAGAACAUGAAGAUGCCGUUGUAAAAUGAUUUAUUUACCAGAAGUACGACAGCAAAAUAUUUACUUUAAAAUCAGGUAUAAAAUCUGUCCGAUUUUUUCAUGUAAUAGUAUAAAAUGAUUCCGAGCUACAAUAAUAAUAAUACUUCUAUUUUAUUGGAUACUUUUAAAUGUAUUGUAAUAUUAAAACGUAAGCCUGUAAUAUACAUCACCUUUAUUGUUGAUUAAUCUAAGUGGCACACUUAACUAUUUCUAUCAUUAUGUUGUAUAAGAUUCCAGUUGGUACCACCUAUGUAGAUCGACUUUAAAUUAAGAUAUAAAACAUUAAUACGUAUAAAUUAAUAACAUUUCAAUAAAAGUCGUUGUUUUUCAAGCGUAAUCUUUGUUGCCGUUUCCUUACUUUAGAAAGUAUUAAUCAAUUCAGUAAACUAUGAAGAAAUACAUUAUAGUAGUUAUAGUUCAUUAUACAGUCAUUUUUAUUGGACUUUAUUGAGAAAUACACAUAAAAUAUAUUUCCCCAUCAUGAAUUAUGAUUUUUGAGUUGUAGGUUUUUAAAAAAGUAUUGUUAUCGUAGU